UCUGUGUGCUCCUGAGACACCUCAGUACCAUGAGUGGGUGCCCGUUUUUUGGAAACAGGGUGGGAUCUUCCUUGAAAAACUUCUCUCUAGAAGACAGUGAAGAAGACAAAGCUCAAACUGGCGAGAACAGAGCCAGCAGAGGUGGACUUAUCUAUGGGAACUACUUGCAGUUGGAAAAAAUUUUGAGUGCUCAAGAACUUCAAAGUGAAAUAAAGGGAAAUAAAAUCCAUGAUGAACACCUUUUUAUUAUAACUCAUCAAGCUUAUGAACUCUGGUUUAAACAAAUCCUCUGGGAACUAGAUUCUGUUCGUGAGAUUUUUCAAAAUGGCCACGUCAGGGAUGAGAGGAACAUGCUCAAGGUGAUGACUCGGAUGCACAGGGUGGUGGUCAUCUUCAAGCUCCUGGUGCAGCAGUUCUCUGUGCUGGAAACAAUGACUGCCUUGGACUUCAACGACUUCAGAGAAUACCUAUCUCCAGCAUCGGGCUUCCAGAGUUUACAGUUCCGACUGCUAGAAAAUAAGAUAGGUAUUCUUCAGAGCUUGCGAGUCCCUUACAACAGGAGACACUAUCGCGGUAACUUCAGAGGAGAGGAGAGUGAGCUGUUGCUGAAAUCGGAGCAGGAGCAGACACUGCUGCAGCUGGUGGAGGCAUGGCUGGAAAGAACACCUGGGUUAGAGCCGCAUGGCUUUAACUUCUGGGGAAAGUUUGAAGAGAAUGUCCUGAAAGGUCUGGAAGAGGAAUUCCUAAGGAUUCAGGCUAAGGAAGAGUCUGAGGACAAAGAGGAACAGAUGGCCGAGUUCCGGAAGCAGAAGGAGGUGCUCCUGUGCUUGUUUGACGAGAAGCGCCAUGAACAUCUCCUGAGUAAAGGUGAACGGCGACUGUCAUACCGUGCACUCCAGGGAGCUCUGAUGAUCUACUUUUACAGGGAGGAGCCUCGAUUUCAGGUCCCUUUCCAGUUGCUGACCUCACUUAUGGAUAUAGACACGCUCAUGACCAAAUGGAGAUAUAAUCAUGUGUGCAUGGUACACAGAAUGCUUGGCACCAAGGCUGGCACUGGGGGCUCCUCAGGCUAUCAGUACCUACGCUCAACUGUGAGUGACAGGUACAAGGUGUUUGUGGAUUUAUUUAACCUCUCAACAUACCUGGUUCCCCGACACUGGAUACCCAAGAUGAAUCCAAUCAUUCACAAAUUCCUUUACACAGCCGAGUGCUCUGACAGCUCUUACUUCAGCAGUGAUGAGUCGGAUUAAAUUCUUCUGGACAUCUGUGAAAACUACAGCAUUCUUAGUCUGUCUUCUAUUUUAUAAGUUUUUAUGAAUACAUGUUUGGAGUAAUGUAUUUAUAUAUGUAGCUCAGUGUCUUGGGGUUCUGGUCUAAUCUUGUAAACAAUUUUAUAAUCUUGUGUAUUGUGAUGAUGUAAGAUUAAGCAAUGUGAUGAGAAAUAAUUUAGUAAAAUGUUAGUGUCAUCAUACAUAUGAUGCAUUCCUGUUAAAAUUCAAUUUGCCCUGAUAUUUACCUCAAUGGAAUCACUUUAUAUAAUUAUUACCUCAUUGUGCCUUGCUUUAUAAAGCUUUAUUGAGCACUUACUUCAUAUUACAUAUGCAACAAAUACUGUCAUUC